CACAUGAAAAUGAUUGUCAAUUGGUAAUGGUUUCAGGAGUUCCCAAACCACUGGACAUUAUUAAAUCCGAAGAUAAUUACGAAAUCGAUGACACCAUUAAUGAAAGCACUAAUACUACGGGCAUUGAAGCUAAUGGACAGGUCGUGGACUCGUCGGUGCCGCCACUCGAUGUCAUUAAAACCGAGGAUACUAUUCAAACGACAGCCGCUGCACAUGUCGAAGACCUUAACAGUAAUUCAAUUGAAAACACUAACAGUUGUGGUAUUGAAGAUAAUAGACAGGUCUUAGGAUCAGAUGCACUGCCACUACUGGAUGUCAUCAAAACGGAAGUGAUUGAAAAUGUAGCCAAUAAUGCUGAGAGUAUAACGGGUACAACCCUACCGCCCCUGACCACCACCAUUGAAGCGGUGCCACAGGAUGUCAACUCAGAGGACGAAAAUGAAAUGCGAGACACUGUCGAUGACAACACGAAUGACACGCAAAAUGUGGGACAAGUAGUCACUGAAUCAAAUGCGAUGACAUUGGAUGUCAUCAAAAGCAGAGAUGAAUCUCACGAACCAGUUGUCGAAAGUCGGGCCGAGACUACCGGUGCAACUGAUGUAUUGAGUGAACCAAAGGGGGCGACAAAACCCAAACCCAAGAAAAAACGAAAUCGUCAUCCAAUCACUUAUUAUUGCAAUGAAUGUGUGAUUACUUUUGAUACGGAAUUCCGUUUGCGCACACAUUUGGCGGACAUCCACAACAAUCCGGUGUUUGAGUGCAAGCACUGCGACUACAGGGGUCGGUCCCCCAAA